AGAAAAAAAAACAAAACAGAACAUAACAAAGGAAAUGGCACAGCAACAGAAUUCGCCAAGAGAUCGGAGAGAUUCACGUCCACUCGGUGAUGACGUGGCAAUAAAGCAAGGCGCUGGUUCCUCUCAGCCUGAUCCAACGACCGUGACGAUGGGAUCAGCAGACACGGUUACGAUUGGGGAAGCUUUGGAGGUGACGGCUUUGUCGCUUGGAGAUAAGCCUGUGGACCGUAAAGAUGCCGCCGCGAUUCAAGCGGCUGAAACUAGAGCCACCGGUGAUUCCAAGACUCGACCCGGUGGUCUUGCCGAAGCGGCUCAGGAGGCUGCUGCGUCUAAUGAGCGCACGGUGUUGGAGGAAGCCAAAGUGACCAUUGCAGACAUUCUCACCGAUGCGACAGAGAAGCUUCCCGGAGACAAGGUGGUGACUAGUGAAGAUGCGGAGGCCGUGGUUGGAGCAGAACUCAGAAACAGUCCGGAAAUGAAGACAACUCCUGGUGGAGUUGCAGAUUCCAUGUCGGCUGGUGCAAGGCUUAAUCAACCACUCUAGCUAAGUUGAUCAAUUUUCAAGUUGAUCCACAUAAAUAUCCUUGCAAGGACUUAAUUUACUUGGCUAAUAUAUUAUCAAAACGGGUUUUAUCGUUUUGUAAACUUUAUUAUCAGUUCCAAGUAAUUUAUGGAGGAUUUCACUUACCUUGA